CCAUAGAAAUACUGAAUGAACGAAGGGACUGCUGCAAACAAAGAGACAAAAUCAUCAGAAGAAGAGUCGGCCAGGGACCUCCAUGAAUAAUCUGGCUGCACAAAUCCAAUGGCCAUUGUCUAAAGAAUAUUUUAGAUCCCUGCCGCCAAGGCCUCAUACAUCUUCAUUUUUACAAAGGGCUGAUUGGUAUAUUCCGGAAUGUCAACUACUGGCCACAAGCUCCAUCUUCAACAGACGUGGCCCGUCCACCAGCACCCAUGAAUGUUACCUCCAUAUCCCAGUAUGAUAUAAUUGAGACCACCGCUUCUCCUUCCCCCACAACUAACAAUCCUUCUCCCUGAAAAACCUAACCGAGCAAACACCCAACUAUGCUGGAAAGCCAGGCAAUCAUCGGAGAGACCGAUAUGCUGCAAACCAUGCAGCAGGAUGCUCUCCGUUUGGCUGGGAAGGCACUGGAUGAAUUUGAUGUCACAGACUCCACUGAGAUAGCCUGUUUCAUCAAGAAGGAGUUUGACAAGUCAUAUGGUCCAGGGUGGCAAUGCAUUGUGGGAACAGAUUUUGGUUCCUUUGUCACCCACCAUUGUGGUUGUUUCAUCUACUUCAACAUAGGAAGCCUAGCAAUCUUGCUCUUCAGGGGUGCAGCGGCUCCUGAGGCUGACACAGGCCUUUUGGUAGCUACGGAGGCAGUGAAGGCAUGAGCUCUUCCCUUUUAUCUUCUGAGCUCAUAGUAAUUUGGCAAUUGAUGAAUGAGAGAGAAAUUGUAGUGAAAAUUACAUUU